CUGAGCGGAGUGCUCGAUGACUGCUCCUGCGACGUUGAAAGCAUCGACGAAUUCAACAACUACAAGCUCUUCCCCAAGCUGUGGAAUCUGCUGGAGAAGGACUACUUCCGCUACUACAGGGUCAACCUCAAGAGGCCGUGCCCCUUCUGGCACGAUGACAGCCACUGUUCGAUCCAGGAUUGCCACGUGAAGUCGUGCAAGCCGAGCGAGGUUCCGUCCGGAAUUAAGGGAGGAGAGCACAACAAGUACCUGGAGGACAUUAACGUUUGGGCCAAGGAGCAGCAGGAGUGCGAAGAGGCGAGAAAACUGGGAGCCAUCGACAACACCAUCAGCGACCAAAGCAAAGUGGCCUUCAUCGACUGGGCAAGAUAUGAUGAUUCUCUGGAUAACUUUUGUGAGAUUGAUGACGAGACUUCGCCCGACAUGGAGUACGUUGACCUGCGGUUGAACCCUGAGCGCUACACUGGCUACAAGGGCCCGUCUGCGUGGCGCAUCUGGAACUGCAUUUACGAGGAAAACUGCUUCAAGCCUCGCUCGGUGUACAGGCCGCUGAAUCCACUGAUGCCACCCAAUCGCGGUGAAGAUGACGGUAAGGGUCUAACUGUGGGUGGUAAAUAUUGCAUGUGCAAGGCAAAAAAAAAAACUAACACUUGUGGUAUCUGCAUGCGCUCGCUGUAGCUGACUCGGCUUCCGUGCAAUUAAUUCCCCGUCGUAGACAAAACGUUCACAUUUACCGUCUUAACAUCGUGCCACUUGCUAAACUUAAUGGGUAAUAUCACUGAACGCCGAUGAAAUAGUUGCCCGAUUUGUUUGAGCAUAGCACAAUAAAUCGAGCAAAUUGUUUCCAUAAAAAAAAUAUGGGCCAUCCAGGAAUCUAGUUCGUCAGUUAACGCGACGAAAUCUAUGCGAGGCUCGACCGGGGGACAAAUGGAGAUCCCACCCACGGGCCCUCCCCGUCAGCCCCGUCUACUUCUGCAUUGCCACGCACACUCUGAACUGCUAGCCCAGCCUACAGUGGAUUUGCUGUUUCUGACGUUGGCCCAGCCUAUUGCUCUCACAGUCCCUGCCCACUCCUCUGCCAGCCCUGGCCCUCUCGGCGUAUCACGAGUUGAGCGUGAGGCCGGAAAAAUUUCAGACCGGGGCAAGAUUCUGAUUCGCAAAGGGUUUAAGAGGGGGACACCGAGGAUAGCCUUUUGUCAACCUGGGACAGUCCGGGGCCAAUCCGGGACAUCUGGGUAGCUUUGCUUGACACGAGCCCCUCCCUUCAAUCGUUGACUUAAGCACGAACCGAACUUUGCCAGCUGCUGCUUUUGCAUUGCCUCCUUGAAUUGUUUUGUCGUCGGUGUUUGAGCGUGUUGUACGGUUAACCACUAAUGCUCUAGUUCAGCCCUAGAAAAAAAUGCUUCAUCGUGAGACGUAGGCGCACAGUCGGUGCAUUAGCCCUGUCGGUAACCCAACUCUGCAGUGUAACCUUCCUCUGCUUUCGAGAUCAGGUGAGAUUGGGGUGCACUUCUGGUGAUUUGGCUCGGGCAGCGUAGAUGGAUGUAAUUGCAGAAGCAGCCAUCGUUCAUCUUAUUAACGCAUUGUGGCAGUUUUAAACGGAAACGGAUUACACUUUUCCCCCCCCUGUAAAUGCGUGAAGUUUAGUUUUUAAGCAGAAAACGUUUAAAAUGUAUUCAAGGUGAGAAGGUUUUUAAGGUAAAAUAUUUUUUCCGAGGGCUGUACUAGGUUUAUUGCUUCAAUCAGUGAAACGACUAAUGCACGUAUUUACUACCCUGCUCUGUCGGAUCUGUUUCUGUAUUUGUAUUUUUGUACCUUUCCACUCCCUUGGCACCCCUUCGUACAUUAUGGGAUACCACAACGGCCAGCAGAAGGCUCCGUUAAAAGCCAGCAGCACAGCUAUUUUGUCACUCAUCAUGAGAAAAGUGUGUCCACCAAGCACUCUGUGUCGCUCUGCACGCUG